UCCUCACUGGCUCAGCAGCUGUGUCCCUGUGGGACAAGCAAACAGCCCCGGGGCAGUCUGGGGGAGGCUGGGGGACUCUGCCCUGCUGGCGCCCCCUGAGGGUGGCCGCUGUGCUGCCCAGAGGGCUGUCCUUCCCGCCCCGUCCCCUGACACUCCCUCUUUGCUUUCCUUCCCCUUUCCUGCAGGGAAAGAUUGCUGGGCUGACGGCAGACGUGAUGACUCGUUCCCCUCUCAGACCGAACCCUUCCAUUCGCUCUUCACGCCUGCCUCUGUCUCCGACCUCGGGAGCAGCCGUGUUAUGUCUGAGCCCUCGGAAGCCACACGUGCACUGCAGUGGUCUUCUGGCCACGCGUGGGGCGGCUGCCCGCAGCUGACCGGGAGCGCCAGGGCCCCCAGUCCCAUGCGUCCUGUGCGUGGGAACAGGGAGCACGGCGGGCGCUAGCCAUGCUGCCCAGCGAGGCCGUGUGGCUCUGGUUCUGGGUGUCGGCACCUUUCUUUAAAGGUAGGUUUUAUUUCUGCUUCAUCUUCUGCUCCAUUCUUAGCUCCGGGCGUUUACUCUCUGUUCUGGCUGUGCAGGCGCAGACUGGCAGGUCCUGCGGGGAAAUACGCAGAGUGUCUGCACAGUCCGCCACUGUUGCCGCUGCCCACUAAUCUCUUCCGUCUUCAUUAGAUACAUUUGACAUAGAAGAGGAGAUCUAGGGGGUAGGGUGGGGCGAGGAGGACAAGGAGGAAACAUAGGUGAACCGUAUUUAUUUUAUUUUCCCAGUUGAAAUACAAAAUAAGAAUGAUGCGGUUUUCUGUUCAUCUCUGCCAUGGAUGCAUUCGACUUGCUUAUUUUUAGUUGUGUUGCAUAUUUGUUUUCAAGAUGGUGAUUUAUUUGUCAGCUAAGACCGUUGCACAGUCCACGAACCCUUUCCAUUUUGCAGGUGAUCAUCUGUUUCCUGGAAACCUGUCAUUUCACUAUGCCGAAAUGUUUCCCAAGAGCAGGCUGCAUGGGCUGCGCCGCCGAGGAGAGGCUCUUUCAAAGACUCUUCUCGCACUACAACCAGCUCAUCAGGCCCGUGGAGAACGUCUCCGAGCCCGUCACGGUGCACUUCGAAGUGGCCAUCACGCAGCUGGCCAACGUGGAUGAAGUAAACCAGAUCAUGGAAACCAACUUGUGGCUGCGUCACAUUUGGAAUGAUUACAAAUUGCGCUGGGAUCCAGUGGAAUAUGAUGGCAUUGAGACACUCCGUGUUCCAGCAGAGAAGAUCUGGAAGCCCGACAUUGUUCUCUAUAACAAUGCUGUUGGUGGCUUCCAAGUCGAAGGCAAGACGAAAGCUCUGCUUAAAUACAAUGGAAUGAUAACCUGGACCCCACCAGCGAUUUUUAAGAGUUCCUGUCCUAUGGAUAUCACCUUUUUCCCUUUUGACCAUCAAAAUUGUUCCCUAAAAUUUGGUUCCUGGACAUAUGACAAAGCUGAAAUCGACCUUCUAAUCAUUGGAUCUAAAGUGGAUAUGAAAGAUUUUUGGGAAAACAGUGAGUGGGAAAUAGUUGAUGCUUCUGGCUACAAGCAUGACAUAAAAUACAACUGUUGUGAAGAGAUAUACACAGACAUAACUUACUCUUUUUACCUUAGAAGACUGCCGAUGUUUUACACCGUUAACCUGAUCCUCCCCUGUCUAUUCAUCUCGUUUCUAACGGUGUUGGUUUUUUAUCUUCCUUCGGACUGCAGGGAAAAAGUGACACUUUGCAUUUCAGUCCUGCUUUCCCUGACAGUGUUUUUGCUGGUCAUCACAGAAACCAUCCCGUCCACAUCACUCGUGGUCCCGCUGGUGGGCGAGUACCUUCUGUUCACCAUGAUCUUUGUCACCCUGUCCAUCGUGGUGACGGUGUUCGUGCUGAACAUACACUAUCGCACCCCAGCCACGCACACCAUGCCCGGCUGGGUGCAGAAGGUUUUCCUGCAGCUGCUGGAGAGACUGCCCGGCCUGACUCCGAGCCCAGCGGUGCCGGGCUCCGCGGGGCAGGCCGGCCUGUGGGGGUUCGGGUGCGGCCCUGGAGCCAACCCCCACCUCCAGAAACGGGAGCUUCCAAGUGAGCGACACACGGUGGCGGGUGCCUACCGGGACAGGAAAGGCCAGGGGAUCCCACUGGCCUUCGCAGCGCCGUGGCCUGAGAGGCGGCUGCCCCCCGGCUCUCAGGACGCAGAGGCUCGGACUGGGGGGAGGCCGGGGCUCCGGGGCGGCAAGGGCGUGGAGGUGCAGCCGCCCCGCAGCCAGCGUCCCCGCGCCCGUCCUGUGCGCACGCCCGUCGCACCGCCCUCCUCGCGCGCCCUCCCCGCCGCGUGGCAGACCGAUCGCAGCUGCUGCGCGCACCGGGGUGACAGGCACAGGGUCGCGGAAGUAAUCCCGACGUUUGCUUUGGGAAGUGCCAGGGGAGCCUUCUUUGAAAAAGAAGGGGGCUGUUUACGAGACAGAGGACGCUCCCCAGGGUUCUGGUCGCUGAAACUGGCUUUGGUUUUCUUGUUUGCGUCUCAGGCGGAAGACGACUGGAAGUACGUGGCCAUGGUGGUGGACCGCGUGCUGCUGUGGGUGUUCGCGGCGGCCUGCGUGUGCGGGACGGCCGGGCUCUUCGCGCAGCCGCUCCUCGGGGGCGCAGGACGGCCUUGAGCAGAGUUUUCCUUGCGGCGCGGACACUUCCGGACGCCGCGCCUGCCUGUUCCGCGUUCCCUGCCGCAGGAAACGGGCGCGAGCUUCCCACCUGAGCCCCGCCCACCUCCCCCGCUGGGCGGAAAAGAGGACUUAACUGCCACUCAGGAGCUUGAGUGUCCUCAGGCACAGGGAGGACGAGAGGCUGUUGUGUGACGCUACAGCCCGGAGCUGGCGGCGCCCUGCAGGCCGAGAGUGCCAGGGCAGGCUCGUGUUUGGCUUCCUGGGAACGAAUGGCUCGUUGCACAGCCGUAGGGUGUAAUGAGCUCCAGCCGUGCUCAGCGAGGUCCCCAUGCUGUCUUGUCGGUGCAGCGCCGCAGGGGAGCGAGCUCUGCCAGUGGCCCUGUCCACACCCGCAACACGGUGGACUCUUGCACCCUUGCACCCUCCGGCACGUGCCUGCAACGUCUUCCAGCGUUGUUGGAUGCGUUAAUUGGUUCAAAGGAAUCCCACGUAGUCAGAGUCUGUCUUAGCAGCCUGUUUUAAUUGGCAUCCAUCCGGCAAGAAACGCGGGUGGGGACCGCGCACGGUGCCAGGCAUCGCAGGGGCAGCAGACACAGGUUCUCCCCCCAGGUGCUCGCGGCCUCUUAGGAAAAGUCACAGGUGGGAAGAUCUGCAGGACCAGGUGUCGGAGGGGAGUGUCUCUAGAGCCACGCGAGUAGAACUGAACCAUGGUGUGGCCAGGAGGACCUGCGGCGUCCUUUGUUGUGGGUUGAAAAAAAGGAUGUCCUUCUAGUCUUUUCCCAUCGGCAGUUUUCACUUGCUCAUUGUACUGAGACUGAAAAUAAAGUUAUUAUGUUUCUUCUACAAGAAAUUACAAUCUGGGACCUUUCGUAGCAAAUCCUUUUCUGAGAGGGGGACCUUGGGAACUCUGUUUCACUCCACCCUGGUGAUCUUGUGUAAAUAUAAUGAUUAUAAAGAUGUAUUUUAAAGCAUGAAACAAGAAAUCUAAAAGUCCUUUUAUUUGUGCCUUUUCCCUUCUGGUCUUUGUCUAUGUGCUCAUGCUUCAACUUUGCCUGC